CCUCCAAAACUAUAAAAACGCCCUGAACAAUCGGGCAACAGUUUAGUUUCGGUUCGCGAUGCACCUGAUGAAAAUGUUCAAACCCAAUCGUGUUGUUGCCUUGAAUCUUUUGUGGAUCUGCGGUGUCGUCGCCGAGGGAUUCAUUCCCUCGUCAAUCAAACGCUGUCAUCUGGGUGAUGAGGCGUGCUACAAGACGCAAGCGCAAAACUAUUUGGAGUAUUAUAAAUAUGGUAUUCCCGAGCAUAAUGUGCCCAGCAUUGAACCCCUCAAGAUUGGCACACUACGUUCCCAGAUCGGUGGCAAAGACACGCCGAUGCAACUCAAUUUGUUAAUGACAAACACUUCCGCUCAUCAUUUUGGUAGCUCCAUGGUCGUGAAGAGUCUGACGAUCAUGGCAACGCCCGACGAUUUAUCCAAACCCGCCAAGACGAUCAUGAUCAUGAGCUCACCCUUAAUAGAUGUCACUGCCAACUAUCAUCUUAAGGGGAAAUUCUUGAUCCUACCUAUCGAUAGCAAGGGCCAAGUUAGCAUUAAAUUGCGUCAAGUGGAUGUCAACACGGUCAUUGAUAUGCUGCCGGAGAAGCGAACGGAUGGACUCCACUAUCUGAAGAUCACCGGCUAUAAAAUGACGGUCGAAACUGGCAGUGGUAGCUUCAAUAUGACGAACCUGUUCAAAGAUCCAGCGCUAAGCGAAAGCACCAUCAAGGUGUUCAACGACGAGUACAAGACAUUCUCAAAAGAAUUGGAGCCGAAGAUCAUGGAGGCAGCUACUCGAGCCACGAGGGAAACACUGCAAAAGGUGUUCGAUAUUAUACCAUUUGAUGAUUUCUUUUUAAAAUAAAUAAAUUUGGGCUAGACUUUUUGGAUUGUAUCCUAAA